AUGUCUGAGAGUGAAGAGGCCAGUGAGUAUGUUUGUUCUGAAGAGGAGAGUUCCCAGACAGAUAGUUUUGUAGAAGGGCUUAUAGAAGCUAGGAUGGGAGUGCAUGAGGGUGAGAUGGCUGGGCCAUCAGUAGAGUCUGGGUCAGAGGCAUAUAGGAAGAUGCAGAAGAAGUAUAAAGUGUUAGAAGCCAAUGUUGAUCGGGUUUCUAGCUUUGGCACAUACACCGGAGCUUCAGAGGGGGUGGACAUCCGGGUUGGUGUCCCGUUGGGAAAUCGGAAUACACUCACAGAAGCCAAGUUGGUUGAGCUUCGGACAGAUUAUAGUGUGCCAUCCUAUGUGGGCCUGAGGUUACCUAGUGCCACGGAUGUAGUGAGAUAUCCUCCGGAGGGUUCAGUGAUGAUAUUCACCGAUAUGUACCAGCAUGGUCUCAGGCUACCGUUUCAUCCUUGGGUACAGAUGAUGCUGGCCAAGUUGGGGUAUGCGCCGGGGCAAUACAAUCCCAACUUUUGGCUACUUCUGCAUGGAGUUUACAUUGCUUGGUGGUUGGUUGGGUUGGGGGAGCCAACAUUUGAGCAGUUUAUGUACUUGUAUUCGAUCUCCAAGCAACAGGGGACCUUUGGCUGGGUACAAGCCAAUUGCCGGAAGGCAAAGGAGAGAGGUUACUUUAUUGGGCAUAAGCCGAGUACGCAGAAGUCUUGGCGGAACAGGUGGUGCUUGGCCUAUGGUGAUUGGGAGUGUCCUCCAGGGAAGACCGUCUCCAGACAUAUUCCAACCCACUUCCAGUCGAUAGGUUCGGUGAAGUGGGGACCGAUCUCCAAGGAGCGAGAAGACGAGGUUGAGAGAGUGAGGUCACUGUUGUCGGAGACCCAGCGUGAGCGUAGAAACUUAGUCACCCAAAAGAACCUGUACGAGUCCGGACUCUUGCAAGGGAUGGCAGGGAUCAUAAGGGGGAGCACGAAGGUGGCCAUGGAUCUGGAUGAUCCCGAGAUGCAGAAACGGCUGAGGGAGUCUCGGGCCAAGAAGGCCGAGAAAGGAGGUGCCCAACAGGCUGCUGGGAGGCGUCCAGAGAUGAUGAGGGCCUAG